UCCGUCAAGUCGCCGUUGCCGACUCCGAUCAUCGGCAGAGAUGAGUGGACACGAUUCGAAGUACUUCUCCACAACUAAAAAAGGAGAAAUCCCUGAGCUUAAAGAAGAGCUCAAUUCUCAGUACAAGGAUAAGAGAAAAGAUGCUGUUAAAAAGGUGAUUGCUGCUAUGACUGUUGGGAAGGAUGUUUCAUCGCUCUUCACGGAUGUUCUGAACUGUAUGCAGACAGAAAAUUUGGAGCUCAAAAAGCUUGUUUACCUGUAUCUCAUCAAUUAUGCUAAAAGUCAACCUGACCUGGCAAUACUUGCAGUGAAUACUUUUGUGAAGGAUUCACAGGACCCAAAUCCUUUGAUUCGCGCUUUAGCUGUUCGAACAAUGGGAUGCAUCCGAGUUGAUAAAAUUACGGAAUAUCUUUGUGAUCCUCUCCAGAGGUGUCUCAAGGAUGAUGAUCCUUAUGUUCGAAAGACAGCAGCUAUAUGUGUUGCUAAACUUUAUGACAUUAAUGCCGAGUUAGUUGAAGAUAGGGGUUUUCUGGAAGCUCUCAAGGAUUUGAUAUCUGACAAUAACCCUAUGGUUGUAGCAAAUGCUGUCGCUGCUCUUGCAGAAAUUCAAGAUAACAGCAGUAAACCCAUCUUUGAGAUCACCAGCACUACACUUACUAAGCUCCUUACAGCUGUAAAUGAAUGCACCGAGUGGGGUCAAGUUUUCAUUUUAGAUGCUCUUUCCAAGUACAAGGCAGCUGAUGCUCGUGAAGCUGAAAAUAUUGUAGAGAGAGUCACUCCAAGACUACAACAUGCAAAUUGUGCUGUAGUUCUUUCAGCUGUUAAGAUGAUACUUCAACAAAUGGAGCUCAUCACUAGCCCUGAUGUGAUUCGGAACCUCUGCAAGAAAAUGGCUCCUCCUCUUGUUACCUUACUUUCCGCAGAACCAGAGAUUCAAUAUGUUGCAUUAAGGAAUAUCAACCUUAUUGUACAAAGGCGUCCUACAAUCCUUGCCCAUGAAAUUAAGGUGUUCUUCUGCAAGUACAAUGAUCCAAUUUAUGUGAAGAUGGAGAAGUUAGAGAUCAUGAUAAAGCUUGCUUCGGAUAGAAAUAUCGAUCAGGUAUUAUUGGAAUUUAAAGAAUAUGCUACAGAAGUAGAUGUAGAUUUUGUCAGAAAGGCUGUUCGUGCUAUUGGGCGCUGUGCUAUCAAGUUAGAGAGAGCAGCUGAACGUUGCAUUAGUGUUCUUCUGGAACUGAUCAAAAUUAAAGUAAAUUAUGUUGUUCAAGAAGCUAUUAUAGUCAUUAAGGAUAUUUUUAGAAGAUAUCCUAACACUUAUGAAUCCAUCAUUGCCACCCUUUGUGAGAGUUUGGACACUUUGGAUGAGCCAGAGGCCAAGGCAUCAAUGAUUUGGAUAAUUGGUGAAUAUGCUGAAAGAAUUGAUAAUGCUGAUGAACUUCUAGAAAGCUUCCUGGAGAGUUUCCCUGAAGAACCUGCACAAGUUCAAUUGCAGUUAUUGACGGCCACAGUCAAACUUUUUCUUAAGAAGCCAACUGAAGGACCGCAGCAGAUGAUUCAGGUUGUUUUGAAUAAUGCCACUGUGGAGACUGACAAUCCAGAUCUGCGAGAUCGUGCUUACAUAUAUUGGCGUCUUCUUUCAACCGACCCUGAGGCUGCUAAAGACAUCGUGCUAGCUGAGAAGCCAGUGAUCAGUGAUGAUUCAAAUCAAUUGGAUUCAUCCCUCCUUGAUGAGCUUCUUGCAAACAUCGCUACUUUAUCCUCCGUGUAUCACAAACCCCCUGAAGCAUUCAUAACCCGCGUGAGAACUGUUCAGAAAACAGAAGAGGAAGAAUUCCCUGAUGGAAUCGGAGGUGGGUAUCCCGAGUCAUCAUCUACACUGGUUGCUGAUAAUAGUGCACCACCACUGCCUACUUCAGGCGCAUCUCCUUAUGCUGCAGCUAUGCUGCCAACUACUGUACCUGCCGCUCUUGCUCCGGUGCCAGAUUUACUUGAUCUUAUGGGUCUCGAUGGUGGUGAUGAUAAUGCUAUUGUCUCAGUUGAUCAGCCUGCAACGCCUACUACAGGGCCACCUCUACCUAUUCUAUUACCAGCGGCAACUGGUCAAGGUCUAGAAAUUGGUGCACAGCUGGUACGAAGAGAUGGUCAGAUAUUUUACAGUUUAAUGUUUGAGAACAACACAAACAUCCCACUGGAUGGAUUUAUGAUUCAGUUCAACAAGAAUACAUUUGGUCUAGCAGCAGGUGGACCACUCCAGGUCCUACAAGUUCAACCAGGAACAACCGCAAGAACCCUUCUUCCUAUGGUUUUGUUCCAGAAUAUAGCCCCAGGUCCACCAAACUCGGUUUUGCAGGUUGCGAUAAAGAACAAUCAACAGCCUGUAUGGUACUUCAACGAUAGAAUAUCGUUACUUGUGUUGUUCAUGGAGGAUGGAAGAAUGGAACGAUCUACCUUCCUCGAGACAUGGAAGUCCCUACCCGAUUCCAGCGAGGUCUCAAGGGACAUUCCAGGCAUCGUGACCAACAGCGUGGAUGAAAUCAUAGAGCAGUUGGGUUCUUCCAACAUGUUCUUCGUUGCCAAACGUAAGAACGAGAAUCAAGAUGUUUUAUAUCUCUCUGCCAAAAUCCCGAGAGCAAUUCCGUUCUUGAUCGAACUUACGGCCGUCAUCGGUGUUCCGGGACUUAAGUGUGCCAUCAAAUCUCCAAGCCCUGAAAUGGCUCCAUUAUUCUUUGAAGCCCUUGAAACUCUCCUCAGAGGUUGAUUCAUAUUUCCUUCAUUAUUUUCCCACGGAAACUCCAUGGUUCUGCAUGCUGUAAUUUGAGCCUUUUGUUCUGUCCCAUUUUAGAGCCAUUUUUAAAAUUUAAAAAGAAAUUGUAUUAAACUUCGUUAGUUUAUGAUAAAA